AUGAGCAAACUCAAUCCUGGUGCCUUCUCAUUCGUCCCAGGUCAGCGAUUCAUCCCACCGACACAACCGCCGCCGCCGCCUCUCGAGCGGCCAGAACAGACUGAGGCUCCGAAGCCGCCUCCCACCAUAUCUCUUAACAUCGGAGGCUCUUCCAAACCCGCUCCUCCAGCUCCUCCUUCCCAACCACCAGCAACUCAAUCGCAUAAAGUCCCCCAGGAUCCUCCUAAGCCUGCUUCUACUGUAAAGGUGGUCAAAGCGGACACGUCUGCUCCUUCAAAAUCUUUUUCGACCGAGAAGGCGAAAACCGAUACCAAUUCGGUUGCCCAGGAAGUGAAGGCAGUCGCUGAUCAAGCAAUUCUUGCAGAUCUCUACGGAAAUAUCAAGGAGCAUCUGAAUAUUGUAUUUAUCGGUCAUGUCGAUGCUGGCAAGAGUACUAUGGGAGGCAACCUCUUGUUCAUCACUGGCACGGUCGAUAAGCGAACGAUGGAGAAAUAUGAACGUGAAGCCAAGGAAGCCGGCCGAGAGACCUGGUAUCUGAGCUGGGCGCUGGACUCUACACCGCAAGAAAGAUCGAAGGGCAAGACCGUGGAAGUUGGACGCGCGUACUUUGAGACUGAUCAGCGCCGCUAUACAAUCUUGGAUGCUCCCGGUCAUAAAACCUUUGUUCCAUCCAUGAUAUCAGGUGCUGCUCAAGCCGAUAUUGCCAUCUUGGUCAUCUCUGCCCGCAAGGGGGAGUUCGAGACUGGGUUCGAACGUGGUGGCCAAACGCGUGAACAUAUCAUGCUUGUGAAGACGGCAGGUGUCUCCAAGGUCGUCAUCGCCAUCAAUAAAAUGGACGAUCCAACCGUCAAUUGGGACAAGGUUCGCUACGACGAGAUCAAGGACAAGCUCACUCCCUUCGUCAAGGCCGCAGGUUUCAACCCUAAGACAGAUGUCACUUUCCUUCCCGUUUCUGGUUAUACCGGACUCAAUCUCAAGGACCGGGUACCAAAGUCAGUGUGUCCAUGGUAUGACGGACCAUCGUUCCUGGAACAUCUUGAUUAUACGCCAAUGGUGGACCGAAAAAUCAACGCGCCUCUCAUGAUGCCCAUAUCAGAAAAAUACAAAGACAUGGGCACUAUUAUUGUUGGUAAAGUUGAAUCUGGACACAUGCGGAAGGGGGAUAGCUUGGUCUUGAUGCCCAACAAAGUUCCCGUGGAAGUCGCCGCCAUCUACACCGAACUGGAAGAGGAAGUCGACCGCGGUUUAUGUGGCGACAACGUCAGGAUUCGAAUUCGUGGAAUCGACGAUGAGGACAUUAGCCCUGGGUUCGUGCUUACUAGCCCAUCGAAACCCAUUCACGCAGUGCGUCAAUUCGAAGCCCAACUGGCGAUUUUGGAACAUAAGAACAUUAUUUGUGCCGGGUACACUGCCGUUAUGCACGUUCAUACUCUUGCGGAAGAAGUGACGCUUCCGGCCCUUCUCCAUUAUUUCGACAAAGCAACUGGUCGCAAGUCGAAGAAGCCUCCUCAAUUUGCUAAGAAAGGCCAGAAAAUCGUUGCCCUGAUUGAGACGAGUCAACCUGUUUGCGUUGAGAAGUUCGCUGAUUAUCCGCAACUUGGCCGAUUCACCCUGAGAGACGAAGGACGAACGGUCGCAAUUGGCAAGAUCACGAAGCUCAUUGAGACCAAUACCAUCGAAGAGGUCACCGAGGGCGUUUCCAAUGUAUCCGUCAACAACUAA